AUGUUUUCAAAUAUAUUAAGACAAAGCAGUAGGGGACUUAUAAAUUUCACCAGUGUCUCAACAAGACCAUUAGGUGCUCAUAUUCAUGGCGUCAACCCUUUAAUAACUGUUUCACCAUUGCAGUCUGUAGUUGGGUUGAUGCAGCAAAGAUUUAAAUCUAGAGGUAACACUUAUCAACCUUCAACAAGAAAAAGAAAGAGAAAAUUGGGGUUUUUGGCUAGACUCAAGUCUAUUGGUGGUAGAAAAAUACUUGAAAGAAGAAGAGCGAAGGGUAGAUGGUUCUUAACUCAUUAG